AUGAGAUUGAUCCUAUUUUUUUUGUGCCCUUUGUGGGGGAAUAUCUACCAUCAAGAAACAUUUGUGGGAGACCAAGUUCUUGAGAUCAUACCAAGGAAUGAAGAACAAAUAAAAAAUCUGGUGGAACUGGAGGCUGAAGAUCCCUUUCAGCUUGAUUUCUGGAAAUCACCCACUGUCCCAGGAGAGACAACCCAUGUCCCCUUUGUCAGCAUCUAGGCAGUCAAAGUUUCCUUAGAGUCUUAGGGAAUUGCUUAUUCCUUCAUGAUUGAAGAUGUUCAAGUUCUGUUGGACAAGGAGAAUGAAGAAAUGUUACAGAGAAGAGAAUGGAAAGGUAACUUCAACUUUGAGGCUUAUCAUACCUUGGAAGAGGUUUUCCAAGACAUGGAUAACCUCCUUGCUGAGCACCCUGGUCUAGUGAACAAAGUGAACACUGGCUAUUCUUUCAAAAAACAGCCCAUGAACGUGCUCAAGAUACACAGCACCAGAGACAAGUCGGCCAUCUGGCUAGAGGCCGGGCUCCAUGCGGGAGAGUGGGUUACACAAGCUACUGCGCUGUGGACUGCAAAUAAUAUUGCUUCUGAUUAUGGAAGUGACCCAUCCAUCACUUUAUUGGAUACGAUGGAUAUCUUCCCGCUGCCGGCCACCAACCCCGAUGGCUGUGUGUUCUCUUAAACCAAAAAUCCUAUGUGGCAGAAGCCCCGGUUCAAGGUAUCUGGAACCCUCAUUGUUGGUGUUGAUCCUAACCAGAACUGGGACUCAGGUUUCGGAGAACCUGGAGCCAGCAACAACCUUUGCUCCAAUUCAUACCAUGGACCCAGUGCCAACUCUGAAGUUGAAGUGAAAUCCAUAGUGGACUUCAUCAAGAGUCUUGAAAAAGUCAAAGCCUUCAUUACCUUCCACAGCCAUUCCCAGCUGCUGAUGUUCCACUAUGGGUUCACAUGUGCCAAGUCACGUAACUUUGAUGAGCUGAGUAAUGUGGCCCAGAAGGGUGCCCAAUGUCUGACAAGCCUGUACAGCACCGAGUACAAAGUGGGACCUCUCUGCUCAGUCAUCUACCAAGCCAGUGGAGGAAGCAUUGACUGGUCCUAUGACUCUGGCAUCAGAUACUCAUUUGCAUUUGAACUGAGAGACACAGGUCGAUAUGACAUCCUCCUGCCGGCCAAUCAGAUCUUACCCACAGUGAAAGAGACCUGGCACGGCUUGAAGACAAUCGUGGAGCAUGUGCAAGACCACCCCUGUUAG